AUGGGUGACAACGAGGCCCCAGUUAGGAGAGUCGUCGCAGACUACACCAGGCCGAAUGCGGCCAAUGCUCGAUCCAGCAUUACCCGACCCGCUAUCGGAGUUAAUCGCUGGCAGAUUCCACCCCAGAUCAUCAUGAUGGUUACGAACACCAUCCAGUUCCAUGGAUUACCUUAUGAGGACCCGAAUGUCCAUAUUUCUCGCUUUUCAGCUAUCUGCGAUACGUUUCAGGAGCAAGGUGUCACCGAGGAUGCCUGCAAGCUGCGUCUAUUCCCAUUCUCACUUGCUGAUCGUGCUCAUGCUUGGUUGGAAUCCCUUCCUGCGGGAUCCAUCACUACCUGGGCCGGUAUGAAAGAAAAAUUCUUAUGCAAGUACUUUCCCCCUUCAAAAACUGCUCGUCUGAGGAGCAUGAUUCAAGAGUUUCGCCAAAAGGAGGGAGAGUCUUUCUAUGAGACAUGGGAGCGAUUCAAGGAGUUGUUACUCAAGUGUCCUCAUCACGGAUUCGAGGAUUGGGCGUUAGUUGAGAAGUUCCAUUAUGGAGUGACACCCGCUACGAGGAAUAUGCUGAACACCACUGCUGGUGGCAAUCUAAUGACUGCCAAGACACCUGAGGAGUGCAUGGAUAUGUUCGAGGAUAUAGCGAUGAGUAGCUACGAGUUUCCUGAGUCUAGAGAUUCAUCCACUACACAUAGAGGAGUGCACAAGGUCGAUGAGGUCACCAGGAUGCAAGCACAGAUUGAUGCUUUGAAACAGCAGGUGGGUGAUAUGAAGGUACAGAAGGAGCAGCUAUGCGAGAUAUGCACUGGUAGGCAUGACACGACCGCGUGUCCUAUUGCUCCUACUGAGACACCAGAGCAGGUAGAGUUUGUGGGUAAUCGAAAUCAAGGAAAUUUCGGGGAGCAUUACAAUUCGAAUUGGAGGAACCACCCGAAUUUCAGUUGGAAGAACAACAACCCACCGGGGUUUCAGGAGCGUCAGAACUUGUUUCAGGACGCAGGAGCAGGAUCGAGUUCGUAUACGAAUAAAAACCCCACGUUGGAGGAGAUGCUGAGGCAGAACCAGGAGACAAUGAAGCAGAAUCAAGAGACCCUGGUUAAGCAGACACAGUUACUGACUCAGUUCAUGACCAGAGAGGAGGCACGACAUCAGGAGAACCAGUCGCGGUUCUUGGAGCAUGAGACUUUCAUGAAGAAUCAGAGCAUGGCUUUCCAGAAUCUUGAGAGGACUGUAGGUGCGAUGUCAGAGAAGUUGAGUCAGAGACCUCCUGGUGGUCUCCCUAGUAGCACUGAGGGUAAUCCAAAUGCCACCGCGAAAGCCGUUACUACGAGGAGUGGUCGAGGAGCUGUAGAGGUCGAGCCGGUAGUCAAUGAGGACCCGAAGGUCGACGAGGAGAUUGAGAUGGAGACACCAGCUGGCAAAGUGCACCCUAGGCUGCGCCCAGCAAGUACAGCACAGUCCAGCGGGUCUUCAGGAGAGAAGAAGGAGGCAGAGAAGGAGCCGAUGAGGGUGUAUAAACCGACACCCCCUUACCCAGGUCGGUUGAUAAAGGGUAAGGAUGCAGAGUAG